AUCAGAGGUCCCCAGUUGUCAUCAAGGAGAAUAAAAAGCUUUUACUAUUUCAAUCAUUAUAUUUGUAACCCCUGUAACUUUGUAUCAAGCAAUUCAAAUAUGUCAAUGGCGGAAAAGGUGGUGUUGUUGAACUACUGGGCCAGCCCUUAUGGGAUGAGGGUGAGAAUCGCUCUGGCAGAGAAGGGUAUUCAGUACGAGUCCAGGGAAGAGGACUACUUGACCAACAAGAGCUCACUCUUGCUGCAGAUGAACCCGGUUCACAAGAAGAUCCCGGUUCUCAUUCACAAUGGCAAACCGGUCUCCGAGUCUCUCAUUGCGGUUCAGUACAUCGACGAGGUUUGGAAGGAUAAGGCUCCUCUUUUGCCCUCUGAUCCUUACCUUAGAGCCCAAGCCAUGUUCUGGGCUGACUUCGUUGACAAGAAGGUAUAUGAGAGUGCAAAGAGGACAUGGAGAACCAAAGGAGAAGAACAAGAAGCAGCAAAGAGGGAAUUCCUUGAGUGCAUAAGGUUGUUAGAAGAAGAGCUUGGAGACAAGCCUUACUUUGGGGGUGAGAAUCUCGGAUUCGUGGACGUGGCACUUAUUCCUACCUAUAGCUGGUUUUAUGCGCGCGAGAAAAUUGGAAACUUCAGUGUGGAGGCAAAGCACCCAAAGUUUAUUGCAUGGGCAAAGAGGUGCAUGCAGAAGGAGAGUGUGUCCAAGUCUCUUCCUGACCAGAAAAGGGUCUACGAAUUCGCCCUGCGCCUUCGGAGUAAACUUGGAUUGGAGUAGAUGGGAAAAAGCAUGGGCAUAAAUAAGAUAUCAUCCAUGUACUUGUUCUGUGUUUUUUAAGUUUCAACCUCUGUUUAGGGUUGUUCUGAAAUUAGAAUAAAAGGGCAGUUGGCCAAGUUGCCAAGCCCCCUCUACUUUGUGGAGGCACUUUGUUGUGUCUCUGGUCAUAUACGUUUUGUAGUCAAAUUAUCAAAUUGUUGUGAACUUGUUAUGACAAAGCUCAACAAGCAGCCAAAAAAAUGCAACUCAGAAACACCCUUUCUGCAUAUGAACACUUUAUUCAUAACAAUAGGCAAACACAUCAAAGUAUCUGCAUUACUAUUGUCGACGGCAAAUAUCAUUAUUGACUGGAAAAACAAAGCUGAAAGGAAAAAGAUCCAGAAGAACAGCCUAACAUAUGAUUGCAGGAUUUGCUAACAUGGUGACCAUGUUGAUAGAGUCUGCGGCUGGCUAGCAGCCUGUUCUAUACCCAA